CGCGUCGCCUCACUUCACGCAAAGCCCAGCUGUCCACUUUCCACGUCCUCCCCAAAGCAUCCCACGAACAUUUCGCCUGUUUGGGUCCUCCAUCUCUUCCUGCACAGCUCAUCAUCCCAACAGUGAUCUGGCACUACGUCCCAAGAGAGCGUACCGACAGAUAUGAGUCCAACGCCGGAAUCCCAAACCUCGCCACUACCGGCCUCUCCCGACCGCAAUGCUGACUUCGCUGACGCCUCCGAUCGCGCCAUGGCAGCGGCUCUGCCUAGCAAUCUCCGUGGGACUCCAUUAUCAUCUCGAGCUCCGUUCUCAUCAUCUCCUGCUCCCCUUCCUCGUCCUGGCCCGCGAUCCGGGUUCAAGCUUAAUACGGGUGCCGAAUUUGGUCGUGGUCGUCCCCCGAAAAAGAAGGCCAACACAGCGUCAGUGGUCGACGAUGAACCCACAGGCUCUCGUAGCACCUGUCAGAAGAGAGCCGGUGACGAUGGUGUCUUCGCUCGUCCCACCACGCCGGCUUCAGCCACGGCGGAGUCAAAGCGCACCACGGCGUCCAAAGCUGAGGGCGGACGCAAGCGCAAGGCGGCCACCGGACCCCGCGAAGUCCCCGCGAAAGCUAUUCCCCUUUGCUACGACGACUGCGAGCCCUUCGACAAAAUGCUCGUCGACAUGCGCGCCGAGAAUAAGCCUUGGCCAGAGAUCCGCGAAGCCUGGAACAAGCUGACGGGCCACAAAGCGCCCUUCUCUAGCCUGCCGAACCGCUACGCCCGCAUGAUGAUCAAUUUUACCGUCAUCAAGGAGGAGGAUAAGCCGAAGAUGUUGGAGGCGAAGCAGGAGAUUGAGAGGGAGUUUGAGGAGGUCAAGUGGGAGAAGAUUGCUGAGAGGGUGGCGGAAAAGGGUGGGGAUGCUUACAAGGGCGGGGCGAUUUGCAGGCUGUACAAGAAGAUCAUGGCCGAGGCGAAUAUCAUGCCCCCGGAGGGCGUCAGGGAUGGAGACUUCGAGGUUGACAGCGGAGACGAGUGAAUGUUGCCGAACAGGUUGGUGUGGCCGCGAGUGCUUAUGAUGAGGGAUGCGAAAUGACAAGGGCUCAGUAGCGUGGAGAAGCAAGCG